CUCGUCAAAAUUUCAAAGAUCAAAAACAUACCGAUAACAAACCUGACGAAAAAAAAUUAGAAGAAGGUUCGAAUGCUACUUUGCAAAAUGCUAAAAGUAAUGAUGCGCUUGCUAUUAAAGUUACUGCAGCCUCUUAG